ACGGUCAAAGGGCCUUUAAGAUCAACAACUGUCUCACACUUUCUCAUCUGUCAUUUGCGGAGCCCCUCUGCAUCUGUGAACCCAGUUGGAGUUCCAGUCUGAUACCUGUCAGGAAAUAUGCUUGAGAAGAAGAUAUUGGAGAAUGGGUUUGUUGAAAGAGAUAAAGAGGAUUCUGAUUCUUCAUUUGACAAGGUUGACCCUGGGAAGCCUACGUCAUUGACCUGGAAACGAAAAUUAAAUAGCAAGGGAAAUGAUCCUUUGCCAUUCACUCUAAGUUUAAAAGAGAUCAUUCAGAUGGCUCCAAUAGGUGUUCGCCUUUGGCGUCAUCUACGAGAGGAAGCUGCCAAUGGAAGAGAAGCUUUCAUUAAUCCAUUUGUUAAGCGCCUUCUAACAUCUAGUCAUGGUGUCCCACUUGGUGGUAUUGGGGCAGGAAGCAUUGGAAGAAGUUAUAGUGGUGAAUUUCAGCGCUGGCAACUGUUCCCCGGAAAAUUUGAAGAGAAACCUGUUUUAGCAGAUCAAUUUUCUGUAUUUGUUUCCCGCACCAAUGGUGAAAAAUACUCUACUGUGCUCUGCCCGAGGAGACCGGAGGUUCUCAAAGAGAGUGAAGUUUCAGGGAUUGGAUCUUGGGACUGGAAUCUGAACGGGGAUAAUUCUACAUAUCAUGCUCUUUUUCCACGGGCUUGGUCUGUUUAUGAGGGUGAACCUGACCCUGCUCUCAAAAUAGUUUGUCGUCAAAUUUCACCUUUUAUUCCCCAUAACUACAAGGAGAGCAGCUUCCCCGUCUCAGUUUUUACUUUCACACUAUAUAAUUCUGGAAAGACUGCAGCGGAUGUCACACUGCUUUUCACAUGGGCAAAUUCUGUUGGAGGGCUUUCUGAAUUUUCUGGUCAUCACUUCAAUUCAAGAGCAGUGAUAAAGGACGGCGUGCAUGGCGUACUUCUACAUCAUAAGACUGCAAAUGGUCUACCUCCGGUGACAUUUGCAAUAGCAGCAGAGGAGACUGAUGGUAUCCAUGUGUCAGAGUGCCCUUGCUUUGUGAUAUCUGGUGACUCCAAGGAUAUCACAGCUGAGGACAUGUGGAAGGAGAUAAAAGAGCAUGGAUCCUUUGACCGUCUUAAUUCCACAGAAACGUCAUCAGAUUCAGAACCCGGGUCAUCUAUUGGGGCAGCCAUUGCUGCGUCUGUGACAGUUCCACCAGAUGGAGUACGUACUGUAACAUUUUCAUUGGCAUGGGAUUGCCCAGAAGUAAAAUUCAUGGGUGGGAAGACAUAUCACAGGCGUUACACUAAAUUCUAUGGCACUCACGGGGAUGCUGUUGCAAAUAUUGCUCAUGAUGCUAUUCUUGAGCAUCACCAUUGGGAGUCCCAGAUCGAAUCAUGGCAAAGACCAGUUCUUGAUGACAAGAGACUUCCUGAAUGGUACCCCAUCACCCUGUUCAAUGAGCUCUAUUAUCUUAAUUCCGGGGGCACAGUUUGGACGGAUGGCUCACCUCCCGUGCAUAGUUUAACAAGCAUUGGAGGAAGGAAGUUUUCUCUUGAUAGGUCCUCAUUAGGUUUGAAAAGCAUCAUUGAUGUACCCCUUCAAAAUGACACUGCUAUUGACAUUCUUGGAAGGAUGACAUCAAUACUUGAGCAAGUUCACACGCCCAUAGCAUCAAACUCUGCAUUUGGAACAAAUCUGCUUCAGGAGGGAGAAGAAAACAUUGGUCAAUUUCUAUAUUUGGAAGGAAUUGAAUAUCAGAUGUGGAACACUUACGAUGUCCAUUUCUACUCAUCUUUUGCACUAGUCAUGCUAUUUCCAAAACUUCAACUCAGCAUCCAAAGAGACUUUGCAGCAGCAGUAAUGAUGCAUGACCCCAGUAAGAUGAGACUUCUUCAUGAUGGAAAAUGGGUCCAAAGAAAGGUUCUUGGAGCUGUUCCUCAUGAUAUCGGCCUCCAUGACCCCUGGUUUGAAGUAAAUGCUUACAACCUGUAUAACACAGAUAGGUGGAAAGACUUGAAUCCCAAGUUUGUUCUCCAAGUUUACAGGGAUGUGGUUGCUACUGGUGAUAAGAAGUUUGCACAAGCCGUUUGGCCCUCUGUUUAUGUUGCAAUGGCUUAUAUGGAACAAUUUGAUAAGGAUGGCGAUGGAAUGAUUGAGAAUGAUGGCUUCCCUGAUCAGACUUAUGAUACAUGGUCCGUAUCUGGUGUGAGUGCAUAUAGUGGUGGGUUGUGGUUAGCUGCAUUGCAGGCUGCAUCAGCCAUGGCACGAGAAGUAGGCGACAAGGGUUCGGAGGAUUAUUUUUGGGGCAAGUUUCAGAAGGCAAAAGUUGUGUAUGAGAAAUUAUGGAAUGGAUCUUACUUUAAUUAUGACAACAGUGGUCAAAGUUCAAGUUCAUCAAUUCAAGCUGAUCAAUUGGCCGGACAAUGGUAUGCCAGGGCUUGUGGUCUUUUACCAAUUGUUGAUGAAGACAAGGCACGAAGUGCACUGGAAAAGGUUUAUACUUACAAUGUCCUAAAAUUUAAGGAUGGGAGACAAGGGGCUGUUAACGGGAUGCUACCUGAUGGAAAGGUUGACAUGUCGUCAAUGCAGUCGAGAGAAAUAUGGUCCGGAGUCACAUAUGCUGUUGCUGCAACGAUGAUCCAUGAAGAUAUGAUUGAUAUGGCAUUUCAUACUGCAGGUGGAGUCUACGAAGCUGCGUGGUCCAAAGAGGGUCUUGGAUACGCUUUUCAGACACCUGAAGCUUGGACCACCAGUGGCGAAUUCAGAUCUUUAGCUUACAUGCGCCCUCUGGCCAUUUGGUCGAUGCACUGGGCAUUAUCAAAGCCGGCACUGUUCAAGCAGGAGACGAAAUUAGAAGCGGAUGAAGGUUCUUUGCAUAGGCACAAGGUUGGAUUUGCAAAAGUUGCUCAGCUUUUAAAGUUGCCGCAAGAGGAAGAAUCAAGAAGUAUUUUACAGGCUGUCUUUGAUUAUACUUGCAAGAGGUUGUGGAUAUGAGUGAAAUUUCUGCCAGUAUUAUAGCACAUCUUGAAUCUUGAUUGUUGUUAUAAAUUCAUGUAUAUGCUAUGUAUAGUGAUGUUGUGUCAUUCAGUAACAAGAAAGCAAAUAGGCUUCUGUUAUAUACAGUAUACUAUUGGAUUUGAAAUCUUUUUGGGAUUACUCAUGUCCUAUGAAGGCACCGUGCUGCUAGAUGUGCUAUACAAAAAAAGAUGAGUUCGGAAAAUUUGUGGUCUCUUUUACAUUAAAAACAAAACUUAUUGUA